AUGCGAUCGCCGGUUAUCGCACAGGCUGGCCUCGCUGCCCAAACGCUAACCUUGACGGCCAUAUUUAUGCUGGCGCUAAGCUACGCGAAUGGUUUCGCAACGUUACCGACGGAGCUCGAUCGUCCUCAGCGCUGCCAGCUGGAGCGAACGUACAAGAUGAUCGGGUACAAUUGUGCAAAUCUGAACUUGAAGGAAAUUCCCCAAUGGCUGAAGUCAAAUCUGGAGAUAUUCGAUCUCAGCUUCAACCGUAUUCGAGAUUUGGACGCUCAAUCGUUCGCGCGGUAUGAAUCGGUGAAGUAUCUGUAUCUGUUCGAAAACAUGAUCCAAAAUAUAGAGGAAGGAACCUUCAGCACCCUAUCGAACCUAGAGGCCAUCGAUCUUUCCUAUAACGCGCUUAAAAGUAUUCCACUGGAACUGUUCCAACUGCCCGUACUACGGAACUUGUAUGUCGGUCACAAUGCCCUUACCGAGCUGGAGGCCGAGCUAACUAAUCUGCAGAAGCCCGUAAAAGCGCCUUUACAGGUGCUAAGCCUCGCCGAUUGUCGCUUACAGCGGCUGCCGGACUUCGGUAUCCUGCCCGACCUGUGGCAGCUUAACAUUUCGUCCAACCCGAUGAAGGAGCUCACACUCGAACAGUUUUCGCCGAUGUGUAACCUUAAAUCGCUAGAACUCAACAACACGCAAAUUCCGAUCUGUCCGUGUCAGGUGCUGACGGCGGAGCUCGUCCUUCGCAGGACUAAAAUAAUGUAUCCACCGCUGUACUGCAUCCCGCUGACUGCUUCCGAGCAAAACAUUUGCAACUCCGAAGUUGGUAAAGAGAUCAACCCGGGAAAGGUGGCCGAUUUUCACCAGUGCAUGGAGGUGAGAAAUUCGCGCAAGCUAGACAUCGAGGCCAAAUCAACGUGGAUGAAAAUUUCAGCCGUCGCCGUCGGGUGCAUCCUCGUGUUCGCCUUUGUACUCUACUGCCUGCACCGGCGCAACGCCAAACACAUGAAAACGAAACGAAAGAGGACGGCCAAACAGGAUAUCAAUCGCGUUAUGGUUCCUCAACCGCAGCCCCCGGUGGAUCCAGCCACGGAAAACUCGAAGUGUGAUAAACUGCUGAGCGAUUGUGAUUAAACGCCUUUUCGGCGAAAGCAAAAUGAGUUGACACGGACGGUAGGCUGUCGCUCAGAUUGUAGUGCACUUUUUAGCCAUUUCAUGAGACUAACAGCUAGUUCCAUAAGAGAUAGUCGAUGUAGAACUUGUAUAUAAUUGUUAUGCGUUAUUUAAAAUCAAACCCACACCGAAUUGAUGCCAUGAAAUAACUUAAGAGCCCAUGUAUAGGUUUAAACGCUGAUGUAAAUAAUAUCAACAUCAUUUUGAUGCAAACCAAUGUUGCCAAUAGAUAAACAUAGUAGCAAAACAGCACCAA